AAUUUAGCUUUCAUCAAGACUAUCUCAGAGAGGGGGUGCCGGGAGAAGCUGACAAGGUUAUGGGAGCACUGGAGAAGUCUACAAAAAAGUCGGGACAGGGCUGCAAAGGACAAGGUUGAAAACUUCAAGUCUCAACUUGACCUGUUGUGGGACAUCGGAGCACCGGACGCCGUAGAGGACAUCGAGAAGAACCGGCUGCUUACACCGGCUGACAAACAACAAGACAUCGCCUUCUAUCAAGACCAACGCGGAGAAAGAAAAGAACUCGCUGACCGUCUUCGGAUAUCCAAUAACGAAAUAGUUUCGGUGGUCGCAGCAGUGCUGCGCUCUGCUAACCCGCCAGGCGAUCUGUCUGAGUUCCGGAUCUCGAGAAAGACUGCGAGACGGGCGCGAGCUUCACACCGUCGUCAGGUAGCUGCCGCACAAAGGGAAGCCUUCACGCCUCCACCACAUGCAGUGGUGCACUGGGAUGGUAAGCUGGUUAAGAACGUCGUGGGAGAAGAAGAACACCGACAGGCCAUCUUCAUCUCAGGGUGCGGCCAUGAGGAAGGGAAGCUGCUUGCUGUCUUGCCAGUGAAGGACGGCACUGGCCUGACCCAGGCACGCGCAACAGCUCGUGCUAUCGAGGACUGGAGCUGCGCUUCAAACGUCAAGGCACUGUGCUUUGAUACAACGUCGUCCAACACAGGGCGAGUCCAAGGUGCGGUUGUCCAUCUGGAGGCGCUGGUGGAAAAACAGCUGUUGAGGCUUGGGUGCAGACACCACGUCAUGGAACUGGUGGUGAGAGCCGCUGCCAGCAACAUCUUCGGCAAAACAUCGGCCCCUACGGACCCUCUCUUCCAGACUCUUAAGAAAAGGUGGAGUCAACUAGAUCACUCUCAGUAUCUCAGGCUGGACAUUGCAAAUCUACCAGAGUCUGACUGGCUCAGUCACCUCCGACACAGGACCGUUAGCUACCUGCUGACCGUCACAGAAUGGGCCAGAGAGGAUUACCGAGAAGCGGCAGAACUAACGCUCCUCGUCCUCGGUGUGAAUCAUCCGCGCGGCACGCACUUUCUGCGUCCUGGCGCAUGUCACCACGCUCGCUGGAUGGCGAAGAUCAUAUAAUACCUCAAGAUCUACAUGUUUAGCCACCAGCUAGAGCUCAGCAAUGACCUGUGCGUCAAGCUGCAGAGGAUGGCGAUCUUUGUGUCUCUGCUGUACACACCGGCGUGGCUGAAAUCACCAGGAGCCGAGGAUGCGCAUGUGAAUGACCUGCAACUGCAUCACGAACUCCUCCGCUACAGGGCCGUGGACUGUGAGGUGGCUGAUGCGGCGCUGGCGGUCGCGAGCCGCCACCUGUGGUAUCUAAGGCCACAGACCGUCGUUCUGUCGCUGUGCAGCGAGAAGUUGAGUGCGGCAGAGAAAAAGGAG